CUGCUCUAGGAGGAUGCAAAACCCCUGACCUCUGUCUGGACAGUGCUGAUUGGCCCUAUGCUGAUUACAUGCACUCUCCCAAGACAAAAAAAAAAACUCUCUAGCAAUGCACAUUAAACUGAGCAUGUGCAGAAUGGCUACGGGUUCAGUCUGUCUUAACAGGAGAAGAGGAGAAGCAGAAAAGACAGGAUCAAAUGGUCUUUACGUAAUGCAGAGGAUUAACCCCUUAGGUUCCACAAUGAGUAUAAUGAGCAUGCUUUAUUACAUAUACAGACUGAUUUUACUGUUGUGGGUUUAG